AUGGGCUCCAUCACUCUUGAGCCCGACACCACCACCACCACCACCACCACCUCCUCCGCAGACGACUCAAUCAUCCACAUCGUCCACUUCCGCUUCUACGCACACAUCCCCCCCAGCACCCGCGCCUCCAUCUCGCACCAAUUCCUCGCCCUCCAAACGCGCUGCCUCUCCCCCGCCACGCGCAAACCCUACAUCCGCUCCUUCACCGGCGGGCGCGACGUCAGCGUCGAGGACCUGCACCGCGGCUUUCAUGCAGUCUUUGUCCUCGAGUUCGCGUCCCGCGAGGACCGGGACUGGUACGUCCACGAGGAUCCGGUGCAUCGGGGCUUCGGCGUCGAGGUUUUGACGGGUGUGGUCGAGGAGGUCAUGGUGGUGGAUUUUCAGCGGGGGAGGUUUUGA